AAGCUACACAUAUAUGCAAGCCAUGUCUCCGCCGACCGUGGACAAUGCCGGCCUCGGCGAGCCUCUGCUCGCGAACGGGAAGGGCGCCACCGCCUUGGCCAACGGCACUAGGCACGGCGAUGCUGGCGCCGUGCCGACCCUCCGGAGGAAGAAGAAAGGUUCCAAGGAGGAGACGUACUGGGUGGACAUCGACCAGCCUGACGUGCUGGAGUCGGCUCCGGAUCUUGAAAACGGCAGCGGCGGCCGGCCCUUGCUGCUGUUCCGGAACAAGAAGGUCAAGCGCAGGAUCCUGUACCCGUACCGGAUAUUGAUUCUCGCUCGACUGAUUGCAGUCAUUCUUUUCUUCAUAUGGCGCCUAAAGAACAAUAUCUCUGAUAUCAUUUGGCUCUGGGGAAUGUCCGUUGCUGGAGAUGUUUGGUUUGGUUUCUCCUGGCUACUCAACCAACUGCCCAAAGUCAAUCCCAUCAAAAGCAUCCCUGAUCUUGGGGCUCUCAAGAAAACAUGCGACUUGGGUGAGGGAAGGUCAAGCCUCCCUGGUAUAGAUGUAUUUGUCACAACAGCCAACCCCAUCGAUGAGCCGAUAUUAUACACCAUGAAUUGCAUUCUCUCCAUCCUUGCAGUCGACUACCCAGUUGACAAGAAUGCAUGUUACCUGUCUGAUGAUGCCGGCGCACUUGUCAACUACGAAGCAUUGGUUGAGACAGCCAAGUUUGCCACUUUGUGGGUUCCAUUCUGCAGAAAGUAUUGUAUUGAACCAAGGGCACCAGAGAGCUAUUUUGAGUUGAAAGCACAAUCAUAUAUAUGCAGUUCACUAGAGGAUUUCAUUACUGACCACAAAUAUGUUCAUAGGAAGUAUGAUGAGUUCAAGAUGCAGAUAGAAAUGCUACCAGACACUAUUCAAGAGCGUUCCGAUACAUAUAACAAUAUUCAUAUAAAUGCAAGUUUUAUGGCAGAUGGGACACAGUGGCCUGGUACAUGGAUUGAGCCAACGGAAAACCAUAAAAAGGGGCAUCAUGCAUCCAUCGUUCAGAUUAUCGUGAACCAACCAAGCCAUACACCUCAGCAUGGACUACCGGUGUGCGCCAAUGAAACUGUUGACUUCAGUACAACGGAUGUACGCCUUCCAAUGCUCGUAUAUGUUUCUCGAGAGAAGCAUCCCAGCUAUGACCACCAAAAGAAAGCUGGAGCCAUGAACGUGCAGUUGCGUGUCUCGGCUUUGCUAUCAAAUGCGCCCUUCAUCAUCAAUUUUGAUUGUGAUCACUAUAUCAACAAUUCACAGUCAUUUCGUGCUGCCGUAUGCUUCAUGCUGGAUCCACGAGAAGGGGAAAACACUGCCUUCGUGCAAUUUCCUCAGCGGUUUGACAAUGUCGACCCGACAGACAGGUACUGCAAUCACAACCGUGUCUUCUUUGAUGGCACUAUGCUUGCUCUGAAUGGCCUCCAAGGCCCCUCUUACCUUGGCACUGGUUGCAUGUUCCGUCGUAUCGCACUUUAUGGUAUUGGCUCUCCUCGGCGGAGAGCAGAUGGUGUAACAACAAGGACUAAUAUUUUUGGCAACUCAACAUCUUUCUUACGCUCUAUGUUGAGCCCUGAUCAGGAGCAAGAAAUGUCUCUCAAAUUGAAUGAGAUGGCCAUUUCUGAGUUGGUGGAUGUUAUGGCAUGUGCAUAUGAAGUUUGUACUGGGUGGGGUAAGGAUGUUGGGUGGAUAUAUAACAUUGCAACUGAAGAUAUUGCAACGGGAUUUCGUGCACAUCGACAGGGCUGGUGCUCCAAGUUCUGCACCAUAAAACCCGAUGCUUUUCGAGGGACCGCACCAAUCAAUCUUACGGAGCGCCUCCUCCAAAUUAUGCGGUGGUCUGGCGGGUCCUUGGAGCUAUUCUUCUCCCACAGUAAUCCACUUUUUGCCCGUGGUUGGCUACACCCCAUCCAGCGUGUGGCAUAUCUUAACAUGACAAUAUACCCAAUAACAUCAAUUUUCAUUGUGGUAUAUGGGCUAUGCCCAAUGAUGUGGCUUUUACCUGGAGAAUUCGACAUCCAGAGGCCAUUUACUAGGUAUGUCUUGUAUGUCAUCAUGAUAAUCUUGAUGAUUCACAUUAUUGGUGUGUUUGAGAUAAAGUGGGCGGGGAUCACAUGGAUGGAUUGGUGGCGCAAUGAGCAGUUCUUCAUGAUUGGGGCAACAAGUGCAUACCCAACUGCUGUGUUGUACAUGCUAGUGAAGCUUGUCACCGGGAAAGGGAUACAAUUUCGGAUCACCUCAAAGCAGACAUCAGCAAACACUAAUGACAAGUUCGCGGACCUCUAUGUUUUCCGAUGGGUUCCACUAUUGAUCCCGACAACAUUGGUCUUCGCUGUAAAUGUUGGGGCCAUUGGCGUGGCUUUGGGUAAGGUGAUUCUGCUCAAUGGAUCUUGGACAGCAGUGCAGAUGAGGCACGCAAUAUUGGGUCUUAUAUUCAAUAUUUGGGUAAUGGCACUCCUUUAUCCAUUCGCACUAGCCAUGCUGGGAAAAAGAGGAAAGAGGCCCAUCAUCCUCUUCAUUGUGUUGCCACUUGCCUUUGUUACUGUUGGGGUGACAUAUUGUGCUAUUCAGUAUUUUCUUCUUUAAUUCACUACAUGGAGAUUUUGAUGGUACACAUGUAGUAUACUAUCAAACUUUCAUCCAUUCGGUGGUGGAUCUUCCCAAAGAAAGUAAUACUAAUUUUCUUAAGUACUUGUAUUCCGUUCUCAGUUAAUUUAUCGCUUUAUAUUUAACUAGUGAAAUCAAAGAA